AUGUCUGUCAACGUCAACCGCAGCGUGUCAGACCAGUUCUACCGCUACAAGAUGCCCCGUCUGAUUGCCAAGGUAACGAUUCAACAUCCGAGGAUUUUUAAGUUUGACGGUGCCAGAACUCCUGCUGGAGGUCUAGCACCGUCAUUUUCAGGAAAAUCUCAGGCUUGUGUUUUGAUAUUCUUUUAUGUUUUUCCCUUUUUUAGGUUGAAGGCAAAGGGAAUGGAAUCAAGACGGUCAUUGUCAACAUGGUUGAUGUUGCAAAGGCACUGAACAGGCCUCCAACAUGUAAGUAACAACCCCCAGUUGAUCAUUGCCGACCUGUUUCUGUGGUUUACAACAAAGUCCAUUCAAACACCAUGUUUCUACUUUUAAUCAAGUUGGGGUUAAUCAUCUUAAGAAACAAAGAGCUCAUCAUGGACAACAUGUCAUUGAUUGUUUGGCCUCUUCAUUUUUUUCUUGUGAGUUUGAGAAAGCUGGAAAGGAUUCGCUGUUUUUAAACUAGAGUUCGACACAUUUAAGUUUCACUGAUUACUGCAGUGUGAGCUGAGUCAGCCGGCAUGUCGUCCAAACAGGUGCGAGUCUUAAAAUCUCACGACAUGCAGAACUAAGAUGAAAUUUGUCGAUGAUAAACUUUUAAAAAUGAAUUUCUUUUUGGUGACUGAUCACCAAGGAUUGCGUCGCUGCUUUUUGCGGAUGGUGUAGUACUUCUAGCUUCAUCGAGCAGUGACCUUCACCUCUUGCUGGGGCGAGUGUGAAGCGGCUGUGGAUGCGAAUCAGCACCUCCAAGUCCGAGGCCAUGGUCCUCAGUCGGAAAAAGAUAGACUGCUUUCUCCGGGUCGGAGGGCUGACCCUGCCUCAAGUGGAGGAGAUCAAGUAUCUCGGGAUCUUGUUCACGAUUGAGGGUAGGAUGGAGCGCGAGAUCGACAGGCGGAUCGGAGCGGCUAGUUGGCACUCAUCUGGUUGGAGUGCCAACUAGCAACUAGACGCCUCCCGUUAGAGGUGUUCCAGACAUGUCCCACCGGGAGGAGACCUCGUGGCCGACCCAGGACCAGGUGGAGGGAUUAUAUCUCUCGCCUGGCCUGGGAGCGCCUGGGAAUCCCCCCCAGAGGAGCUGGUGGAAGUGGCUGGGGUGAGGGAUAAAGUGGAAAAAAACGACGAUGUGACUGACGCUAGGACAUGGUCAGAAAAGUCCGAACAGUUCAGGUUGUUCAAAAUAAGUGGUUUUUGUCAGGAAGUGCGGUCCGUUUGUGUCGAGACUGUUUUGCAGAAACAAAAAGAAGCUGCAUGCUCUGAAGUCAGACUUGUCUGCUGAGCUGUCAGUGGAGAUUCUCCCUCAUUUGACAGCUUGUAGGGCUGCAGGUCUACGAAGAUGAAACAGGCUUUUGAUCUUGAACGGGCUGAGAGUUGAGCAGAGUGGUGCAGUGUGUUUUGGUCAGCUGUUGUGGUAAGUUCUUCAGAGUUUGGAUGCUGGAGCUCAUGUUUUAAGAGCUCAGCUUUCACUUUGCAUACGUGAUAGGGUUGUGUGGAGCUCUUUCAUACUCAGAAGAUUUCAGUAUCCAAAGUGGAUCUAAACGCUGGUCUUCAACUUCUUGACUUUAGCCCAUAAUAUUUUUGUUUCUGAACACAUUUUCCCAGGAUUUAAACAUUUAUAUCUUUGGUGUGUUAAUGUAUUUGUGCUGUUGCCUGUCAUGUUUUGUAGAGGGUCAGUGGUUUAUUUUAUUUCACUUUGUUUUUCUCUGAUCUUUCUUUCAGACCCGACCAAGUUUUUUGGUUGUGAACUCGGCGCGCAGACCCAGUUUGAUACCAAAAACGACCGUUACAUCGUCAACGGAUCCCACGAGGCGAACAAGUUGCAGGACAUGCUUGAUGGGUUCAUCAGAAAAUUUGUGCUGUGUCCUGAGUGUGAUAACCCUGAAACUGAUCUGGUUAGUAUUUCACUGCAGCAGGGAUCUUUUAAAAAGAGUAAAUGAUACAAGGCUGAGACUGAGCUGCUCAGAGUGAGAUUAAGUCAGAAAGAAGUCGUUUUUUUUUUUGCUCUAAAUAUGAUUAUUUUUUCCUUUUUUAAAGCAUGUCAAUCCCAAGAAACAAACCAUUGGCAAUUCCUGUAAGGCCUGUGGAUACCGCGGCAUGCUUGACACCAGACACAAACUCUGCACGUUCAUCCUCAAAAACCCACCAGGUGAGAAGACUCUGCUGUGUCAUGUUUUGAUUCUUUUUGUCUGUUUUUUUCUUGUUUCUACCAUCCGAAGUUUUUUUAACAUCUCUGGUUUCUCAUCGCUCCUUCUCUUCGUCUUUACGUUCAUUCUUCCCCCGGCUUUAUUUUGCCCUCACAGUUCGGGGUCAUCGUCCUCCCGGCUGGAACACAGUAGGAACUUGAACUCCCGCAGAUAUGAUAAUAGCUAUUUUUCCCUCUCCAAAUAACAGAGAGCACUGACAGUGGAUCCGCGUCAGCAAAGAAAGAGAAGGAGAAGAAGAACCGCAAGAAGGAUAAGGAGAACGGCUCUGGCAGCGGAGAGGCUGGAAACCACGACAACUUUGACGCUCCUCAGGCUGUGGUGGGUUUCUCCUCUUCAUGCGCUGACCUCUUCUGUUCUUUUCGACCAAUCAGGAGGAACUAGUCCAGAACCUGGCGACUAGAGAGCCUCUUCAGGAGUAUGAGACGGCUGAAUGAGCACAUGUGGGAGUUUCUCAGGACAUGUUACACUGUAUUUACUCACUGUGGGAACUCUGAGGCAGUUAAAUAUUUUCUUAAAGCGACUCAUUUCUGAAAACUGCCGAGUAUAAAAUGUCAGAAAUGUUUCUCUUAUCACAUUUUCAUCUCCUGAGAUAAUUAGAUAUCCUUGUUUUUCGUCAGUUCAGUGGUGUAAUAUUCCUUUAAAUGGAUUAUCCGCUCUGACACAUUUUGGCUUUUCCGUUAAGAGUCAGCUGACAUGUGGUCCAGAGGUCACUCCGAGUUUGCUUUUGAGCGGCAGGUUCAGGCGGUUCGAAUAAACAAGGAGUCCUUUUAGCGCCGGCCUUUUUCACUCUCAGUGCAGUCAGAUGAUUUAUGAACAAACACGGCUCAAUGUCUGUCUUUUCUUUUUGGUGUUGGUGUUAAAUCUGCAGGACCACCUUUUUUUAUAUUUUUCUGACCUUCCUGUGUUUUUCGUUCCAGGAUGGAGACGACGAUGAUGAGGACUGGGCUGAGGAAACAACAGCUGAAGCUCAGAGGCGGCGAAUGGAGGAAAUCAGCGACCAUGCCAAGAACCUGACACUCAGUGAAGACCUGGAGAAACCUCUGGAGGAGAGGGUCAACCUGUUCUACAACUUUGUCAAAGUACGGUUUGUCACCUUCUGAGAAUAUCCAGCGCAUCAUGAGCUUUUAUUGUUAUCUGUGUCUUGCGAACAGUCGUGUCUAACUUUGUUUUUCCAUUUCCAGCAAAAGAAGGAGAGUGGAACCAUCGACGGAGCCGAUAAGGAGAUCUUGGCUGAGGCAGAGCGCCUGGAUGUGAAGGCCAUGGGCCCCCUCAUCCUCAGCGAGCUGCUCUUCGACGAGAACAUCCGCGAGCAGAUCAAGAAGUACAAACGCCACUUCCUGCGAGUAAGUCGACGAGCCGGUGACUGGUCUUUUGUGUUUUAUUUCUGGGUGUUGAAACAGAAACUGAGUGGGUAUUUUUCUUGGACUGAAAGCACAGAUGUGUGUCUCUUGCAGCUGUGAUCGUCUUUCUUUCCCUCGCUGCAUUUAUUUUUCUUCAUGAAACUCCAGUGAGUGAGCGUUUGUCUCAUGAUUUAUUUCCCCCUCACAGUUCUGCCACAACAACAAGAAGGCCCAGAAGUAUCUGUUGGGAGGUUUUGAGUGCGUGGUGAAGCUGCAUCAAGUCCAGCUGCUGAGCCGAGUCCCCCUCAUCCUCAAAGACCUGUUUGAUGCAGACCUGCUGGAGGAAGAUGUCAUAUUCGCUUGGGCAGAGAAGGUCCGUGUUCAGGAGUGUCUGAAAACUUCUAAAUUAAACUGCCUUCAAAUGACAUGAUCUAAUAACUCUGAUUAUUGAACCUCAAGCAUUUUUUAAGAGGGCUUCUGUUUGAAAGAUAAAAUAUUUCAAUAACUGUUUUGCAUUACCUUUAGAUUUAUUUGAAGCUGUUCCUAACCAGUCUGUCUUUUUUCCUCUAGGUUUCUAAGAAGUACGUCUCCAAGGAGCUGGCCAAAGAGAUCCACGCCAAGGCUGCCCCCUUUGUCAAAUGGCUGAAGGAGGCCGAGGAGGAGAGCGAGGGCAGCGAGGAAGAAAAGGAGGAGGACGAUGAGAACGUUGAGGUGGAUCGCGUUGUUUUAAAACAUGCGAUUUCUUUAGAGUGGUCACUUUGAUUCUAUAUUUAAAGAGAUUUUUGGUUUGAAGUUUGCUGCUCUGAUUUCAAUAGCUUGAUAGAGCGCUUUGAUCACUUUCUGGUCAACCUUUUGAAGAAGAGAGCAAAUAACAGCAGAUAAAAUCCAGGACCCGGUGGUUUUAAAGUAAUCUGAUCAGAUCGGAGAGAUCAAGUCUUCAAAAUGUGGUCCAAAAGAAAAUAACAAGGGGAACAGAAUCAGACUGGAUCAGGUAUUCAGUCCUGGAUUUUAACCUCCAGUUUUUCUAAACUUUAGAUUAAGGCCGAUGAGGCAGGGAAAGAUUAUUUCUGUUGCACAUUUCAGCGACAAAGAAACUCAAAGUUCUUCACACAAGACAAGAAAAGAGACGAGAGGCAGGAGACAAAUGAUGAAGAGGACUGAGGCCAGGGUAAAGGCACUAAAGGAGAUCCAGCUUUUAAUAGGGUCAAACAAAACAACACUUUUACUGUGAAAAUGAUACUUAACAUAAUCAGUUUGUGUGGAUCUUAGCUCCCCCUGUGGACAAAGUAUGUAGUGUAUCAUCCCCUAAUUCAGGUGAAGUAAUAGAUUGUAGUUUGUAACUAGACCAGGUUAAAAUAGCAGGACCCAAAUGAACUGGAUCAGAUCGUUCUUAUCCAGAUUAAACUUGAACAUUUCUAAAUUUUUAAUCAACUUCCCAAAUUCCCUGAUUCCCUUUUUUCUUUUGCAACUGUGCAGAGCAGUAAAUCCAAAUCAAGAGUCAGACUUGAAUCUCUUCUGGUCCCUGUAGGUCUCCUCUUUGACUUUAGGAUGCUCUGGGAUCUGUACCUGACCAGUGCAGUUCUUUAAGUUUGAGUGUCUUACCUCUCAGAGCUUUUAAAACUUUAAAACUCUGAAACUUCAGUGUUUAAUGUCUGGAUCUGUUCUUUUUCACUCAGUUGUGUUUUUCUUGUGUUUUCAGGUUGUGUACUCGUCCUCCGCCCGCGAGCUCAAAGUGGAGACGGUGAAGCCAGACACGCCUGAGAAGGAAGAGGACGACAUCGACAUCGAUGCGAUCUAA